AUGGAUGUUGCACCAUCAGCGCUAUGCAAAACCUCUUGUUACAAGCGACUCCUAGACUACCUCGACCAAAGCCGGCAACACCACCACGAGCUGGGAGAUGCGGCAUUACCCUCCAUCAGCGCUAGCAUGGUCCUGCCAAUGAAAAACGUGUGGAAUUUCAAGGCUCGAACAUCAAGGUAUGUUAGCCAAAGCCAAUGGACUGAACGCCUCCCAGUGUUGUCGGACGAGAGAAGUGGGCGGAUCCCCGGUGCAUCACGACAGGCAAAGGCGGCUGAGGCCAUCGAGAGCUUCCCAACGGUAUAUAGAGCAACCAUGGGCGACCAGCUGUCGUUUUGGGAGAUUGUUUCCAUCGACUUUGAGCGCCAAGACGCUAUACCUAGCCUGCGAUCCGGUAAUACCGUUAUUGACGAGCGCAACUUCAUAAUGACCAAGCUCGAAUAG